AUGGCGAAGAAGGCAGUGCUAAUAGGAUGCAACUACCCAGGCACCAAGGCUGAAUUGAAGGGCUGCAUCAACGACGUGCGUAGGAUGUAUUCUUGCCUUUUGGAGCGUUACGGCUUCUCUGAAGACAACAUCACCGUCCUUAUCGACACCGACGACUCCGACACUCAGCCCACAGGCCGUAACAUCCGUAAGGCUCUCUCCGAUCUGGUGCGAUCCGCCGAUCCCGGCGACUUCCUAUUCGUACACUAUAGCGGCCACGGCACCCGCCUCCCAGCUGAGACCGGCGAGGAGGACGACACCGGCUACGAUGAGUGCAUCGUCCCCUGCGAUAUGAACCUCAUUACAGAUGAUGAUUUCAGGGAGCUUGUAGACCAAGUACCGGAAGGUUGUCGCAUGACAGUUGUAUCUGAUUCAUGCCACAGCGGUGGCCUCAUUGAAGAGGCCAAAGAGCAGAUUGGGGAGAGCACGAAGCCCUCUGAUGAGGGGCAUGGAUCCAGUUUUGGAUUCAAGAACUUCUUGCAACAAAAAUUGGAAAACACAUUUGAAUCUCGUGGCAUUCACCUCCCUUCGGGAUUGCACCACCAUAGUCGACACCAUGAAGAUGUGGAUGAGGGAGAAGUUGAAGCAGAAUAUGGGGAUCAAGGCUAUGUGAAGAGCAAAUCUUUGCCUCUUUCUACCCUUAUUGAGAUUCUCAAGCAAAAAACUGGUAAGGAUGAUAUUGAUAUUGGAAAGCUGAGACCGACCCUUUUUGACAUCUUUGGAGAAGAUGCAAGUCCUAAGGUGAAGAAGUUCAUGAAGGUCAUACUGAACAAACUCCAACAAUCUGGUGAUGAAGAAGGCAAAUCCGGUGGGUUUCUGGGAAUGGUUGGAAGCCUGGCCCAGCAGUUCCUCAAGCAGAAGCUGGAAGAAAAUGAUGAGGGCUACACAAAGCCUGCCUUGAAAACACAAGUGGGCAGCAAGCAGGAGGUUUAUGCUGGAGCAAGCAAGCGGCAGCUUCCCAAUAAUGGCAUUUUGAUUAGUGGCUGCCAAACCAACCAGACAUCCGCUGAUGCCAGCCCUUCCGGCAACCCUGGUGGUGCAUACGGAGCUUUCAGCAAUGCCAUUCAGAUCAUAAUUGCAGAAUCAGAUGGUACUGUUACCAAUCAAGAACUUGUUUUGAAGGCCAGGGAAAUGAUGAAGAGUCAAGGCUUCACUCAGCGUCCCGGCCUCUAUUGCAGCGACCACCAUGUCGAUGCUCCUUUUGUGUGCUAG